AUGACGGGCAAGGACGUUGUCGUCACCGGUGCCACCGGUCUCCUCGGAAGGCAGGUAGCUAGAGCUUUCGACCUCCGGAGUUGGAACGUCAAGGGUACCGGAUACUCACGCGCCGACGGGGUUUCUGUCUUCAAGGUCGAUCUGGGCAAUACUCCAGAGGUUGAGAAGUUUCUCGACGAGUCCAAGCCUCAAGUAGUCGUCCACUGCGCCGCUCAGAGGUUUCCAGACAAGGUGGACAGCGACCCGGAUGCUGCCAGAGCUCUUAACGUCGCAGCCACCAAGUCGCUCGCCAACCUUUGUGCUGCUCGCUCCACUCUGCUUAUUUACAUCUCGACCGACUAUGUCUUCUCCGGCAAGCCUGGAGAAGCCCCAUACGAGGCAGAUGCACCAACUGGACCAACCAACCUCUAUGGCCAGACGAAACUCGAUGGAGAGCUCGCCGUCCUGGAGGAGUACAAGGCAGCCGGCCGUGAAGGCCUUGGCCUUGUCCUUCGAGUCCCCGUCCUCUACGGAAAGGCACACACACCGGCCGAGAGUGCCACCAACAUCCUCAUGGACACCUUGUGGAAGACCCAGGAUGGUCAGUCCAAGGUGAAGAUGGACCAUUGGGCUAUUCGAUACCCCACGAAUACCGAAGAUGUUGGGCGUGUGUGUCAUGAUAUCGCCGGCAAGUACCUCGAGGCCAGCGACCGCAGCUCGAUGCCCAAGGUCCUCCAAUUCUCCAGCGAGGACAAAAUGACCAAGUACGAGAUUUGCCAGAAGUUUGCAGAGAUCAUGGACCUGUCCAUGGACGGCAUCAUUGCCAACAUCGAAGGCAACGACCCCAACGCGAGCGUUCAGCGGCCAUUUGACUGCCAUCUCAGCACGCGUGCGCUCAAGGAAUUGGGCAUCGACGUGUCGACAAGUGACUUCAUCGGCUGGUGGAGACGCGAGGUGCACGCUUUCCGGCAUUAG